UUGGCGGUGUAAUUCAUAAAUUCUGUUUGUAGUUGAAAAAUUUAGCUUUGAGAAAGCUGAACUUCUCAUUACAUUUAUUUUUAAAUACUUAUGUUAUUAACUUUAUUCGAUAUAGCUUAUUUUGUUUUAAAUAUAAGUUUCUUGCUAUAAUAAUGAUUCUUUUCGGCUUUCUUGGUGUUAUAAUUCAUACCAUAUUUUUGUAUUCUGUAGUCGAUGUUUAUUUUAAAUCUCCAAUUAUUCAUGGAAUGACUCCUUAUUCAACACCACUGCCACCACCAGCUAAAAGGCUUGUUUUAAUAGUUGCUGAUGGUUUAAGAGCUGAUAAAUUAUUCGAAGUUAAUGCUCAAGGUGAAACGAAUGCACCUUACUUGAGAGAUUUAGCAAUAAAUGUUGGUGCUUGGGGCAUUUCUCACACACGUGUGCCAACUGAAUCACGUCCAGGCCAUGUUGCUAUUGCUGCUGGUAUAUAUGAAGACGUCAGUGCUGUUACAAGAGGAUGGAAAGAAAACCCAGUGGAAUUUGAUUCUGUAUUCAAUGAAAGUAGAUAUACAUGGGCUUGGGGCAGUCCAGAUAUUCUUCUAAUGUUUAACAAAGGUUUGACUGAAAUUUUUAAAUUUAAUAUUAUAAAUUACAUAUGUAUUAUACAU